AAGCCGGGUGAAGCAAAAGCGGCAGCCGACAUUCCUUCAGCGGUCAAGGCAACGGAUGAAAACAUCGGUGAUGGGCAGCCUGCUUUGGAGAAACGCAUCAGUCGUUUAGAGCAGGCGAUUGGCGGCACCGCUGGGCUUGACGCAGCUUCCAAAGUGCCAUUGGCAGAAGCAGUUGAAGAGAUGCAACUACGGCUGCAGCUGUUAAAUCCGACUCACAUUGACGGCCUCCACGCGCGCGCCACUAAAUUACUUGCCAAAAUGCAACAGAACGAAAAAGAGGAUUCGGAGUUCGAGGAAAAGGUUGAAAAGCUGUACGAUAUGAUGAACAGAUGGGAUGCUGCUUGCAUUGGAUUACCGUCGGCAGUACGAAGGAUGUAUGAUUUGAGAAAACUUCAUGAACAAGCGGAGCAGUUCAGCAAGAAACUAAGUCUACUAAUGGGUAUCCGCGAGCAACUUUCCAAAACAAUGAAAAAUAAAGAAUUGGCCAUGCUUGAAUUCCGUGAACAGAUACACGGCGCGUUGGAAAAGCUUACCUCCGAUAUGGAAAAAUUGGAGGAGCGAAUCAAAAAAUUAGCUCCCUGA